AUGGACGGCUGAACCCGCGCUCCUGUCCAGGAGGUGGCGAUUAUGUAACACAUCACCAACAAAUGCACUAGAAGAAGACGAGCAGCAGAUCGGAAGUGGCAGUCAGUCGUAGGGCACUCGGUCAUCUGUAAGCUCUCUUGACACAAUGGGACGUCACUUUGGAGAUUUGGCCAAGAUAAGACACAUCAUUACUUACAGCAUUUCACCCUUUGAACAGAGGGCUUUCCCCCACUACUUUUCAAAGGGAAUCCCAAAUGUUUGGAGACGAUUUUCAUCAUCCUUCUUCAAGGUUGCACCUCCAAUGAUUGUGAUGUACCUCACAUACACUUGGGGAAAUCAUGUUCAUGAGCAGAGCAAAAGGAAGAAUACUGCAGACAUUGGAGAUAAGGAGUGAACCAAGUCAAUGUCUCUGUGUUCUAUGUGAAUAAUUUAUAAAUAAAAGGAUGGUAUAGAAUGAAAAAA